UUGAGUGCGAAAAGCAACACGGGCGGAUUCAAAUCUGAGAGCCGGCAUAUGCGAUGUAUUAUAACAUAAACACGGUGCCUUCAUUUAAAUUGUGCUAUUCACCCGUUCAUUAUUUUGUGAUACUGUGUCAGAGACUCCGUGUCUGUGCUAAUUAUUAUAAACUUUACGAGAGUGGUUCUAAUUUAGUUUGCUGCAGGUGGUUGAAUGCGAGGUAAGCUUUUACAACGUGGUAAUUCUUCGUUGAGAUGAACCGAAGAUUGUCUUCACCUGACGAUCCAAAUUGCCUGAACCACUCGCGAGAAAGUUGAACCCUACUCGCACUUUGAACUUCCGAACUGAACAUUGUGUUUCCAAGUGACUUUUUAUUAAUUUAUUAUUAGUUAUUAUUCGUACGGUUGUCCCGUAUUGGUUUUCUUGUGAUCUAACUUUAGUAACAAAACAAAGCGUGAUAUUAUGUAUAAUUUAAACGUUAACCUGGCCCAACAAGCCGCCACAGCCGUUAACAAUUUGUUGGUCGAGUCCUCGUGCAACACACCCAGAACUCCCGAGAUAUUGAAUUCGGUCAUCGCCAUGACGAGUCCUUUUGAUCUGCCAUUAAAUAACGAGAACCAAACUCAGCAACAAUCGCAGCGAAUAGCCGGCGGCAGCUGCGGCGGCCCGUUGGCGAACAUCAGCAGCGACUCGAACAGCUCGUCGAGCAGCCACGUGGAAUCGCCGACCACGAAUCCGCCCAGUGUGCAGGACACGUGCUCGCAGCUGAUCAAAGCGAGCCUCAGGGUAACGAUCGAGAAGAAGCGAAAACACCAGGGUGAUCCCGACGAUUUGCUUGACCUCGACAAGAUUAAGAGGAUCAAGCGCACCGAAAGCGAAUCCGAAGAGGACAAGAUCAAACAAGAGAGCGGUAUUCAAAAUAACAUCUGGUAUAACAAUGAUGAUAAUUUUGGAUUGACUCCAGAGGAUGAAGAGAGGAGGAGGCGAAGACGCGAACGCAACAAGAUAGCGGCGACGAAAUGCCGUUUGAAGAAACGGGAACGCACCGCCAAUCUGGUGACCGAAGCCGAAACACUGGAGGCCCAAAAUCUGGAUUUCAAGAGCCAACUGUCGGAACUCCAAAAACAAAUGAACACCUUGCAGAACCUGCUGUCCAGGCACAGGCCACAGUGUCAGCAUAACAUCGGACCCGCCACCAGGGAGCAUCUGGGCAGACUGCCGCCGGUGUCAUCCGUUUUGGAAAGUCAUUCCUACAGCAGGCCGCCUUCGAACGAACCUGCGUUCCAAAAUGUUAACUACUUCGGGAGGUCCGACGGCAUGGCCAUGUCGAGUAGUCCUUACACCCGUUCUACCCCGACCUACACCAGAACGCCGAAUAUCGUCGUCGUAGAACCGAUACAAGAUAACUAUGACAACCAACAUUUCACCGACCUGGACGAUUAUUCCUCCUUUAACACCCAAUGUCAUAAUUAUUCGGGCAGUCAGAAUUAUGGGAAUUCCGGUUUGGACAAUGGUUGUAUGGCAUAAAUUAUGUCAGAAUUUGGUGUUCGUGUCCCUACAAUCAAGCUGUGUGUGCCCUGUCUACUUGUACCUUUUAUUAUGCUUUGUGUGAAGUUUUAUAUUUUUAUAGUAACGUAUUUAUGUACACUUAUAAUUGUUUGUUU